AUGGCUGGCCAACAAGCUUCCGUCUCGGUCUCAUCCGACAAUGCGCCGGAACACAAUGAAAAGAAAGUAUGGUAUCACAGCACGCUUUUCAAUGCAUUUAUCAUCGGAGGAGUGGGCUUUAUGGCCCCGGGUCUGUGGAAUGCCAUGAAUUCCUUGGGUGCGGGCGGUGCGCAAUCGCCGUAUUUGAUUAAUGCCGCCAAUGCGCUGGUGUUUGGUCUCAUGGGCUUUCUAUGUCUUUUUGGCGGCCCCAUAGCGAAUCGGAUUGGAUUGAACUGGACACUUCUACUAGGAGCGGUUGGAUAUCCGAUCUAUUCGGCUGCCUUGUAUACGAACAAUCGCUAUGGAAAUGUGUGGUUCGUGCUGCUUGGAUCCGUUGCAUGCGGAUUAUCAGCGGGUCUUUUCUGGGCUUCCGAAGGUGCUGUAGCUCUGGGGUAUCCAGAGCCAGGCAAACGAGGCAGAUAUAUGAACAUCUGGCUCUGGUUCCGCACCGGUGGCCCCUUGGUUGGCGGAGCCAUUCUUCUUGCUCUGAACCACUCCGCUGAUGCCAAGAGCAAGGGCAAAGUCGGCUCACAGUCAUACCUCAUAUUCGUCGCCUUGCAAUGUCUCGCAACUCCCCUAGCAAUUUUUCUAUCACCACCUGAAAAGGUUCAGCGGAGCGACGGAAGUAAAGUGAAAAUCGUUGUUCAGGACUCGUGGCGUGCGGAGAUGCUGGAGCUGUGGAAACUCUCGCGCCGCAAAGAAGUCGCCUUGCUGUUACCGGUAUUCUGGGCAGCGUACUUCAAUCAGUACUCGUCAAACUUUCAAACUUACUACUUUGGCGUCCGAGCUCGCGCUUUGAUUGGAUUUGUCAGCAAUUUCUCCAACCUUAUCUCCUCGGGGAUAAUCAGUCGAUUCCUGGAUUACAAGGGGUUGUCAAUUAAGAAGCGCAUCACGUUUGGGUAG